AUCAUUAUUCAACUAUCAUUUAAUCUCAUGACUUGAUUUACCAAUCAGAAUAUGGCGUUAAUUAACAGUGACCUUGAAAGUUUUAUUAUUUAAUUAUUGAUAACAAUAACUGAUAAUAUAUACGAAAAGGAAACCAUUUUUAUUUGUCAAUUCAAACUAUGUCCAGAAUUGUUCUCCUUCUAGCGCAUACACGUAAACAAUUAAAUCAUAAUGAUAUAAAAUGUAAACAAGAAAAUCAAUAUAAUUUGUCAGAUAAUUUUCAACAAUCAUCCAAUCCUUUAUGGUUAGAAGAUAAACUUUUGGAUUCAUCCAAUUUUAAUGAUAAUUUUCAAGCUGUAAAUGAUCUAAGUGAACUGAAAUCUCAUAUCAAUCAUUCAAUACUGGAUGUUUCCAAUAUCGACAGAAAACAAAUAAGAAUCUCAGAGACUUUCUACCCAGUUAAUGUAAAUGGACUUCUUAUUUGGAAUUUGCAUAUUAACAAUAAAUCAAAUGAAAUUAUUAUAUGUCCUGAAACAUGUCAGAUAUGGUUGAAUAAUCAGAAGAUUAAAAAUAUCAAAGUAUAUUUAGAUUGUCAUAGACAAUCACAACAUGGGACAUUAUUACUUCAAUUUGAAAUGAACCUUUCAAAUGAUUCAACUAAUAAUCAGCAUUCAUUUCAACAAAUUAUAAAAAGUUUUAAUUAUCAAUUUAUUAUUUCUGCAUUUUAUUCAUCUGAAUGUUCUGUGACACUAGAAGAUAAAGAACUUAUUUUAGAUCUAUUACAAUUGAAACAUAUGAAAUCAUUUAUGAAUAUGUCAAUGACCAAUUGGACAGUUCAUUAUAUUUAUCACAUUUAAAUUAUUACCAUAUUCGAAAACCAGUAUGUAUAAUUUAGGUUUAUUAAUAGUAUAACUAAUGAAUUAAUAAAUAAAAAUAAUUCUUAACAUGUUUCUAUUGAGGAACAUUUUGUUGUUUAAUCUUUUACUACUUAUAAGUAGGUAACAUUUUAAGAGUAUCAGAAGGGGUUUUGUGGAGAUUGUAGUCAUUUCAAAAGUUGAGAUAAAAAGUCAAUUGAAGCUAGACCACCAUGGAAAACCUGAAAGCAGUGGACGGCCAUUUCGCCCUAUAACGGAACUCCUCAGCAGUGUGCAUCGACGAUCCCGCCUCACGAGGUUUGAACUCAGGGCCUUCAGUUUCGCGUACGAACGUUUAACCUCCAAACCACUGAGCCGGCAUUCGAUGGUGUUAAUGUCUACCUUCGACUAAUCCACAAAAUUGGGUGACACAUCCACCAUUAUCAUCAGUGAGUUACUAUCUUACAACUGACACGGUUGAACUUCAGUGGUCACUACUUCUCACUAGAACUCCAGGACAAAUAUUGUAUUCAGGUCUUUGAAAAUACGGUAUGAUUUCAGUAUUAAUUAAUUACUAGAUGCUAAUCUUUACCACCGAGUUACAUCAUCUAAAAAAAUGUUAAAAACCAAUGAUCAGCCGGUAUUUUGGCUCAUUUUGAAGAUUUCUAACUAUACAUAUCCUCAACUGUAAAGAAGAUCAAAUUUGGAAGUAUUUAAGCUUCUCAGUCUUAACUAAAUGUUUGGAAUACAUCAUAACAUUAAACUUGUCUAUAUUUAACUAAUUCAACCAAUUAGUGGUGGAGAAAAACUAUCAUCUAUUAUCAUUUGUAAGAAUAUGUGGUAAUUUUAAUAAAUUACGGAUAUUUUGUACAUGAUUGACCUCUCUAUUCUUAUUUCAAUACAUUACAUUAAUGUGAGUCAUUUCCUGUCAUUUCCUUCCAUACAACGAAGAAUUGAAAUUUAUUGAAUAGAUGCAAAUGAGAUAUGUCAUUUAAAGUUGUACAGUUAUUUGAAGAAGAAAAAACAAUAGAAGUAAUAAUAUAAACAAAUAA